UAUAAAUAGUCUUUAAUUCUACAAGGCGAAUAGCAGUAGAUUUGUAAAUAGCAAACUAUGAAGAUUGCAACUACGAUUCUCAUUGGUUUUGGCCUUUUGGCUGUAGCUUCGGCUGCUUCCGUUGAUCCAUCAUGUAUGUUAAGGGAUAUAAUUAAGACGGACGAACGUAUUCGCCUUAAUGGUUAUCCAUCGGAGUCCCAUUUUGUCACCACGCCUGACGGUUAUGUUUUGAACUUAUUCCGUAUCCCCUACUCGAAUAAGUUGCAAAACAAGGAUUCUCAUCGUCCAGCCGUUUUGCUUCAACAUGGCCUGUUCAGUAACUCGGAUUGUUGGCUGUCUGGCGGUCCUGAUAGUGCUUUGGGUUAUAUGUUGGCCGAUGCUGGUUUCGAUGUAUGGCUAGGAAAUGCUCGUGGCAAUAUUUAUUCUCGUCAAAAUUCCAUUGUUUCUAUUAACAGUCCCAAAUUCUGGCAUUUUGAUUGGCAUGAAAUUGGCAGCAUCGAUAUCCCGACCAUGAUUGAUUAUAUCAUCGAACAAACCGGACAACCCAAGAUCCAUUAUGCCGGCCACUCACAAGGUACCACAGUUUACUUUGUCAUGAUGUCCGAACGCAAGGAAUACAAUGAUAAAAUGAAAUCUGCCCACAUGUUGGCUCCUUGUGCCUUCUUCGAACAUGGUACUUCGGCUGUGUUCAAGGUUUUCCGUCCCCUGGUGGGUACACCUGGUGGCAUCUAUAACCAAGUCUUUGCUGAUAUGGAAUUGAUGCCACAAAAUCGUGUAAUCAAUCGUGUUGGCGAUACUGCUUGUGGUCUGGAACCAGCAUUGAAAUUCUUGUGCAAGAAUAUGUGGCUCUUGUUCGCCGGUGAGGGUUACCAAAACACCAACUUGACGGCUAUGCAAGAAUUGAUUGAAACUCACCCCGGUGGUGCGUCUAGCAAUCAAGGUAUCCAUUACAUCCAAUUGAGUGAUCACAACGCCGGACGUUUCUGUCAAAUGGACUAUGGUGCAAAGAAAAACCAACAGAUCUAUGGCCAGUCUACGCCACCAGAUUAUAAUUUGGAAAAUAUCGUUGCCCCCACCUAUUUGUACUCCAGUACCAAUGAUGGUCUCUGCAAUCCCAAGGAUGUUGAUACCUUGGUGUCGAAAGCCAUUCAUUUGGCUGGUGAUUAUCGUGUACCCGAUCAAACUUUCAAUCAUUUGGACUUUAUUGUGGCCAAGAAUAUGAGGGAGAUGGUUAACGAACCUGUUAUGAGGAAUAUUCUCAAACAUGAAGAUGGAUUUUAUUGAAAGAAAAAGAAAAUGGUAAUGCAAUAAAAAACGAAUAUCAAUAAUUAAAACAAGUA